AUGCUCUCAGUCUUGAAUGUAGCCUACCCACCAAGGGCAUAACCAAGUCCAUCUACCUACCCAAACCCAAAUUCCCUAAAACCCAAAAACACCCCUUAUCUCUCUCUCUCUCUCUCUGGUAGCACCAACCCUCCAACCUUAUUAUUAACCGAUCCAUCUACAUUGGUUUUGGAGCAUCCGACGUUUCCACCCAGGUUGCAUCGGAGAUUUCAAGAAGCAGCAAAAUGGGUGGCGAUGAAAAGGUCUUCACUUUGGCUCAGGUCUCUGACCACAACACCCCAAAGGACUGCUGGCUAAUCAUCAAUGGCAAGGUUUAUGAUGUGACCAAGUUCUUGGAGGACCAUCCUGGUGGUGAUGAUGUUUUGUUGUCAGCAACAGGGAAGGAUGCAACUGAUGAUUUUGAAGACGUGGGUCACAGUGAUAAUGCCAGAGACAUGUUGAAGGACUUCUAUGUGGGAGAGAUUGAUGUCUCUACCAUCCCCAAGAAGACUGCAUACACUCCUCCCAAACAGCCUCAUUACAAUCAAGACAAGACUUCAGAGUUCAUCAUCAAACUUCUCCAGUUCCUUGUUCCCAUUGCCAUAUUGGGGUUGGCUUUUGGCAUCCGCCUUUACACCAAGUCAUCUUAAGACUCUAGUGUCUUCUAGAAUAUGGUAUUGUGGAGUUAAUUGAAAUUACUAGACAAAUGCUCUUGUGAUGACUCACAUAUGUACUGUCUGAUUAGGAUUGCAAUCCAAGACUUGAUUUGUUGUGUCUCUUUGUUUUCUUGCAUUGGGAUUCUCCUUUUACUGGAAUUCUUUGCUCGUAUCAUCUC